AAGCAUGGUCUGUAACGAUAGCUUGUCAGCAAACUACUGUAAUUGAAUUCGUCCUUGCACUCGUUAUCUGCCGUCAAACUGCACCCUGGACGUUGGCGUUUGUAUGCACAAGGGUGUCACGAAAUUGCAGGUACGGAUACGUCCAGCAGCCUUUGCGUGGGUGUUUGCGUCACCCUCCUCGAAUAAUUCACCUUGAGAACCACCAUCCCCAUUCCCAGAAGGGAUCCUUGAAGACUUGUCACGUUUGCGCGUUGUUGAGAGUGGCUUGUGAAAAAGUUUGCCGGACGAGAUCAGAAGACCCAGAGGCGGAGGACUCAAAGGUGAAGGGUUCUCAAAAGGAUCGUCGUUUAUUCGAAGAGCACUGUAAUUGAGAGGAUCGCAGAUCGCCAUGAAGGCUAAUUUUUUGUUUUACAAUUGGACUCUGUUGAUUGCUUCUGUCCUGUGUGAGAAGAGAGGUUUCCUCGAUCCUGAGGUCGUAUCCUGGAUCUCUAACGAGGAUUUUAGGGUGGUUAUCCAAUCGUCCUUCCGUUUUUCAAAGUGCUGCAGUGUCCUCUUUAACGACUCGAUCGAGGCCUCGAGAGUCCUGUUUAAUCAGUUCAGAAGCGUUUAUCAGGGGGUAUACCUCUUGGAACGAAGUGUCAGUGACUGCAGUGGGUACCUCCUGUUGGGAUCGAGCGACGAAGAAAUCAGACAAUUCUUGAACAAAAUACCAACGUUACUCUGGAAAACGGAAAUCGUGAUCAUCGUGAACGACAACCUGUCAAGUACUUCCGGUAUAUUCGAUGACUCCUUGUACGAAAUUGCAAACGUGAAUAUCGUCUCCGUGACUGGAAUAUGGAGUCUGUCGGAGAACUACUUGAAACCCCGAAUAUUCAGUAAGCUUAUCAGCUAUAGAGAACUAGAACACGGGCACGACAACUUCAAUUUCCGUGGAAGGGAACUGCGAGUUUGCAGCAUAUUCCAGCCCCCUAUGACGUACUUUAAUCGCACGGUUAACAGAGUGAUCGAUGGAGUGCAGGCAGAGGUUUAUGUAAUCGAUGAUGAUUUACAUAGGGAUGGUAUCGAGACGCAGCUGUUCCUGGACAUGGCUGAAAAAUUGAAUUUUACGUGGACGAUUAGAAAACCGGAUGGAGACACGACAUACGGGAGACGCUUCAAUGCAACAGCGUGGAAGGAUGGCAUGAUAUCAAUGCUACGCGAGAGCAAAGCAGAUAUGGCGUUUGCUAGCAUCUGGAUGACGCAUGAUCAGAACCAGUUCGUGCAUUUGUCGGAUCCAUGGCACCAGGUGUACAUCAGUUUCCUGGUGCCCCGACCACGUCGAACGACGACCUUCUGGGCCCUCACCAGGCCAUUUCCAGGCACGAUCUGGUCCCUCCUCGCUUCUUUGUUGCUCCUUCAAAUCCUGUACAUGUGCGCUCGUGCCUGGGUCGAUCCAAAAUAUCCGAAACGUUACCAGAACUUCUUUGUCAGCCUCUUCGUCUUGAUCGGCGUCUUCCUGAGCAGCUCAGUGCCGAGAACUGCGCCAAACAACAAGCUCCAUGUACUCCUCUGGCAGGUCGCGGGUUGGUUGAUAAUUACUGCUUAUUCCAGCAGCCUGGCGGCCAGGUUGGCCACUACGGAAUACGAGGACAGGAUCGAUACCAUCGACCAGUUCCUCGCAGCCAAUUUGUCUUGGGGGCACAUGAACCAACCACCGCCGUUUAAGGAUUACUUCGACCUGACGAAUCCACACGCGGCGCAGUUGCCGAACAGGUAUCGUACCGUAAAAAAUCCCAAGGAAGCGAAAAAGCUCAUUAGCGAUGGUAAUUAUGCGAUAAUUGGAAAAAUUGUGGACAAUUUCUUCUUUCCUGAUGACCAAAUCUCGAAUGAUGACCUUAAGAAUUACAGACUCAUGAGAGAAUCGGUAGGUCGCUUCUACGCAAGUUUUGCGCUUCAACCAUGGCUCCAGAGGCCAGUAAAUAGGAUGAUGUUACUAUUGAAGGAAACUGGCAUCACAGUCUGGCACUUACGUAACGUCAUCCGCAGACGCGAUUGUAGUAAUUUACGCGAGGUUCUCAUCGAACACGACGGAUACGACGGAAGUAUUCAAGUCCUCGGACUGACCCCGUUAGCCGCUGGAUUUUCAUUGCUGAUCGCUGGAUCGUCGAUGGCGGUAUUCGUGUUUUAUUUGGAACUGAAACGCGCCUCUGGAUCUAACACCAUCGGCCAUCUUCUUGAGUGCAUCGCCAGCAAACGUGCAGCGCAGAGCUAUAAAACGUUGCCCCUAAAUGGCGUUUACUGUGCGAAAGAAAUCCAUUUUUAUGCGCAUAUAAUGCGGUAUGACAGUAACGCUGUGAAUCGCGGACUUACGAAUAUCGAUCAAUAGUGAUUUUCUUAAAAUCAAACGCGCUGGAUCGAUCAAUAUCGAUCACCUUCUUAGGUGAUAUUUUCGAGCGAAAUCUAAUCUGGCAUGUUUAUAAUAUCUCAUAAGAGUAUUUUCAAUGAUUUUGUUGGUAUGACAUAAUCUCUUAUCUUGUAGCAUUAUUGUACAUGUUAUAUAGUGACUGACAGUUCUCAAUCUUUUGAUAGCAGUUUCAUUUCCACUUGGAAUUUCCUUUUAUCUUGUAAGAUUUUUACUACCACCGCCACGGUUUUAUCACAACUUUUACUAAAUUAAAAAAAAUUAAUGUGUAACGUAAAUUGAGCUAUUUCUUUUUAUAGCGAUCUCUCGAAGAGACCGACACUUUUCUUCGUGGUAUUCUAAGAAUGUAAAAUUGUGAAUCAUAUUCAAAUAUUUACUAUCAAAUCGCCUGUCAGUAUUAAUGCGAAUUAAAAUUUGUAUCGAUACAGAAGAAGAAUUGAAAUGUGAAUUAAAGUAUAUCUUA